AAACAAACAUACGGCUCUGACGAGAGGUGUCGAACUACUCCGAGUGACUGUAGCGCCGUGCGAUACAAAGUAACAAAGUAUAACAUUUAUUCAAAUCGGCAAAAAUGAACUCUUGGAAUGUAGCGCGUUAGUGGAGAAGCUGAGGUAAUUAUUCGUGUAUGGGACGACAAAUAAGCGUUUGAAAGAACGACAACAGUGUCUGCAACAAGGAGGCUUGUCCCAAUUAAAGCGAGGUGAGGUAUCCGACAUGAUGGUUAAGUUAACUUUUCAGACAGAUCUAUGUAAGGGAGGAGACCCAAAACAGUGUUACCUCUCCAAAAAAACUGCCAUGACUGAGUAAGCAGUGUGAUAUAAUAAAGAUUCUUCAGACAACUAAGUAAAUGACAACUCUGCCAAGGAAGAACCUGUUGUGGAUAUAACAUGUGAAUGAGGAAAGGAGUUUGGGAUUGUAUUUUACAGUGCGUGUCAGCUUUCCUUCAGUCCCUCGUAAUGAUGAUUGGCUCCAGUGGCCAGUGGACUGUGGAUGAAUAGACCUAAAUGGGAGCUCAUACGGACAGAGCCAGCCUGCCACUAUGGCAGCUUAUGCUCUGAACAGCCUGAUAAUGAUGAACCCCAACAAUCUGACCAAUAAAAGCAGCCCUCGGACAGGAAGGCCUGUGCUUCCAGUACCUGGUCGUUCUACAUUUAGCCCAGUGCUGGGGGGCAGUGGAGGUCCAUUUAGCCCAGGCAGUCUGAGCCCCGGGUCCCCAGAAAAAUCCUUUGUCUUCCCGACAGUUACCAGUCCCAGCAGCCCAAGAGCUCGUUCCCCAUGCCGGCAGCCAGAACUGCUGGGGGUGAACGUGGGUAUUCGUGUGCGCAGACUAAGUGGGUCUGACCUGGAAGAAGACCAGGAGAAUGAAGAGCGACGUGCUGCUCAGCAACUGGAGCGACACAAGGAACUGCAGAACGUGGAGGUGAACAAAAAGGUGGACCUUUUUGAGGCUCAGAUAUCGGCCCAUGUGCACAGCAGAGACAAUCAGAAGAGCCCACGGAUUUCCAGGAGACUUGACCCAGCCACUCAGUUUGCCAAACUCUGCUUGAACCCAGAAGAAACACUCCUGGCUACGCAGAACAAGGAUCACUCUACAGGGAUCCCCAAAGAACUGCAAAAUGGAAAGCGCUUCUCUGGCCCGGAGGAGGGGCUGCAGAUCAGCUGUGAUGAGAAGAACGGGGCUUACCCAAAUACAGAAGAGGGCAGCCCACAUAAGAGCACAUCAGCAGGAGCUAAGAGCAAAGCUGACAGCUCUACUGACAAUCACUCCAGAGCUUCUCGAGAGGUUAGCAGCUACUCGACUGCCAACGAGAGCUCAGCAACUAGGACCGAGACAUGUUCGAAAAAGGACGGAGCUGAUCCGACAGCAACACAGCGACAGGCUGACUGGGGCAGCCCAGAGGUGGGUGCCAUUCCUGCUGUCAUUAUUACGGACCACGGCAUGGAGGUGGGUGGGGAGGGCAAAGAGCCUGAGGUUAGCCCUCAACCUUCGAGAGCCAUAAGGAAGCUCUCCUCCUCAUCUGCCUCCUCUACGGGAUUCUCCUCCUCUUGGGAGGAAUCAGAGGACGAUAUCUCCAGCGACCCUGAGCGCUCCCCAGCUUUCUUGCAGACUCAACAAAAAGCGCAUAAAUCAUGGAAGAAGAUCAAGAACAUGGUGCAAUGGUCACCAUUUCUGAUGUCCUUCAAGAAGAAGUACCCUUGGAUCCAGCUGGCUGGCCAUGCAGGAAACUUUAAGGCAGGGGCGAAUGGUCGUAUCCUGAAGAAACACUGCGAGUGUGAGCAGCAAUGUCUCGAUAGGCUAAUGAGAGAUGUGCUGAAGCCUUACGUUCCUGCAUACCAUGGAGAUGUAGAGAAGGAUGGAGAGAAGUACAAUCAGAUGGAGGACUUGCUGGCGGAUUUUGACUUGCCCUGUGUCAUGGACUGCAAGAUGGGUGUCAGGACGUAUCUGGAGGAGGAAUUGACGAAAGCCAGAAAGAAGCCUAGCUUAAGAGCCGACAUGUACCAGAAGAUGAUCGAGGUGGAUCCUGAUGCUCCCACGGCUGAAGAGCAGGAACAGAAAGCAGUCACAAAGCCACGCUAUAUGCAGUGGAGAGAAACCAUCAGCUCCACCUCUACACUGGGCUUCCGGAUUGAGGGCAUCAAGAAAGAGGAUGGAACGGUAAACAGGGACUUUAAAAAGACCAGGACCCGAGAACAAGUGACCCAGGCCUUCCAAGACUUCGUCAAAGGAAACCAGAACAUCCUGAAUUCCUAUCUGAACCGACUGAUAGAGAUCAGGGAUACUUUGGAAAUUUCACAGUUUUUCAAAACACAUGAGGUGAUUGGCAGUUCUCUCCUUUUCGUCCAUGACAAACGGGAGCAUGCAAAAGUGUGGAUGAUAGACUUUGGGAAGACCACUCCAUUGCCGGAAGGGAAGGAGCUGAGCCACAGGGCCACCUGGGUGGAGGGUAACAGAGAAGACGGCUACCUCUACGGCCUGGACCACGUCAUAGACAUUAUAACCAACAUGCUAGCUCCUAAACCUCACUAGAGUAAGAGGACUUGGUCUUCUCCUCCCACCCUUGGGUGGGCUGCCCGCACUACAGAUCAAGACCUCGCUGGGUCACCAUAAAGCUAUCCUAACUGAUCUCCCUCUCUCACCAAAAAGAAAACUGUUAAAUGCCGCGAUGGCCUUUAACGAGCGUGUAUGUUUGUAAACUUGUAGAUGCUGUACAUAUGUAGUGUAAAAGCCAGUGUUUUUAGCUCAAGAGAUAUGUGAAUAGAAUCUUUGCAGCUAUCGCUUUAAAAAGACUGGCACAUCUUAAAGCCACACUCCCUUAUUUCUUCUCCUUUCAAGCAAGUUCUUUUCAAAAUGCUAGUGUUACAGAUAAGUUUAAAGCACUUGCAGGCAUAUUUUACUGGUAAUCUUAAAAGUAUAGUUAACCCAAAAAUGUAAAUUCUCGUCAUUUACCCUCAUGUUGUUCUGAAUGAACACAAAAGGGGAUAUUUAAAAAAAAAAAUGUGAUUGCGGAUUUUCAUACAAUAGCAGCUGAUUGUGACUCACUUUAAAGCUUAAAAAAGCACCCAAAAGUGUCAAAAAAAGUAGUCCAUGUGACUCCAUGCGUCAUAGAGUCGGGCUUCUGAAGGCAUACAAUCACUGUUCACUCUUAAAUCAAAUUGAUCAAGUCAUCUACAACAAGAGUCCAAAUAUGGCGUCAAUCAAUCACAUCAAACCUCAUUGUUUUUUGUGUCAUGACAUCUUGACGUUUGGUUACAAGAUGCACAAAAAUCAGUUAGCUUUGAUGUUAUUCAAGUGUCACAAUAUUUGAUUUGGGCUCUGUAUAGCUGAGUUGAUUAUUGAUUUAAUUUGAGAGUGAAUAACAUUGGAACAAAAUAAUGGUGAGUAAAUAAUGAUAAUUUUAAUUUUUGGAUGAACUGUCCCUCUAAUACAAUGUUUUUGGAGAUGCUGCAUGUGUAGCAGAAAAUUUUACGAUUUUUUUAUUCAUUUAAGAACCAUUUUUUUUAUUUGAAACAAAAAUCUAAGGUUUAUAUAUAAUGUUGAACCUAACCACCACUUUUGAUCCACCACUUUGUAUUUAAAUAUUUUAUAUUUAUAUUUGCUGGGUCCAAACAAUAUGUUUUCAUUUGUUUUAUAGCUUUUACACUGUUGAGGUAACUUAUAAUUUGUGUUACCAAUUGUGUCAUCUAUACUGAGUGCCUAUAGUAGAACAAAUGAAAUGAUCCCAUGUUGUGGAUGGUCUAAUGAUGUGCUUUUAUAUGAAACAAAUUCUUCAUAUUGAUGUUCCAUGAAUUCAGUCACAAUUUUUGUCCAAGUGGCCAAAACAAUUAAUCAAGGGGUUUCUCAGGAAGUGGCUCCCUAUCUGUCUUGCGUGUCUAAAUGUCAGUCUGUCACUACCAGUUUGUGAAAUGUUUUCUAGUUCCCUGUUGGCGCAUAGUCUGAACUUGUUUUUGUCUUAACAGGAGUCUGAAAGGGCUGUAAAUGGCAGAUGGUGAAUGGUAAAACAACAACAGUAGACAUUGACAGUGCUAAAUGGUGUCACUUAAGUUUUUGUUUCAAGUUAAAGUAUAGUUGACUAGAUUAUUUUUUCUUCCGUGGAACACAACAAAAACUAAACAAUGAAAAUGAAUAGUGACUGAGGGUGUUAGUCCCUAACAUUCUGCAUAACAUCUCCUUUUGUGUUUCACGGAAGAUACAUUUUUAUCGUAAUGACUUAUGGGUAUAUGUCAGUGGCGAUUUCCAUUUUUCAUCCUGACUAAUCCAUUCCUUGCAAGUCCAAGCAUACCUAGUUGUCACAAGAGCCUUAAGAAAUUUUGUUUUUCCUUCAAAAACUUGAUGCAAUGCCUUUAAAUGCCAACUCACCACAAAGAGCUCAUCAUGGUUUAGAGAGGUGAUUGUUGUUUGCAUGACUAUUUGCCAUGCAAAUAAACCAUCCCUGCAUACCCGAAACAUUGAGAUAUGCUCUAAGCAAAAUAUUGUUGGAGAUAAAAACUAAUUUGUUGGUCAGUAUGGAAACCAUGUGCUGACACCAGAAUAAACACAAUCAGUGAAUAAUCGUAGUUGAUUUAGCCUAGGGCAAGGAACACCUAGGGCAGACCUACAGUUUGGUACGUCAACACGACGCAUUCCAAACACACAGUAAAAGGCAAAUGGGGUUAUUGUGAGGCCUCAAACCAAAUGUCACCACACUGGAGUUCCGCUUUUUUUUACACAUCCUUUAUUCGUGACGAAGAGAUUUCACUCUUGUUAAAUAAAAUGACCUUUUACGAAUGCUAUAGGAACCAAGAGGACUAAAGUUUAACACUUGAUAUUAAAGCAUUUCUCAAAGUCCUGUGCAACUGUCUUAGUUCCCUAAUCACAGGCUGAAAAAAACUUGUUUAAUUUAUGUGGCCAGUUAAUUUGAUUCUUUAUAUGCCAUGAAACAUUAAGACUUUAAAGAUCCUGUAAGCUAUUUUUUUCAGCCCCUAUUACCUGACAGAUAUCAUUAAAAUAGAUGUCCUGAAAAAUUACACUGGUCUCUUUGAUAGUCCUAGUCUCUGCAAACAGCAGCAAAAAAAAAAAAAAAAAAAAAAAAAAUUUAUAGAAUUAAUCUGACUGCAGCCUGCACAUGUUAGCCAAACAGACCUCCUGUAAAUGGUUCUCGAGCAAUGGCAAGAAUUUGGGGCGGGAUUAUCUGUUUGCACGACCAAUGGAAGACGGGAGUGUUUGGUGAUGGUAUUGGUGCAAAACUCUCUUACAAUAGCUUUAAAGGAGUAUUCAGGGUUCAAUGCAAGUUAAGCUUAAUUGACAGCAUUUGUGGCAUAAUGUUGAUUACUACUAAAAAAAUUAUUUUGAAUUGGCACUUCUUUCUUUAAAAAAAGCAAAAAUCAAGGUUACAGUGAGGCACUUACAAUGGAAGUGAAUGUGGCAAAUUUCUGGAGGGUUUAAAGGAAGAAAUGUGAAGCUUAUAAUUUUAUAAAAGCACUUACAUGAAUUCUUAUGUUAAAACUUGUGUAUUAUUUGAGCUGUAAAGUUGUUUAAAACAUCUUUACAAUCAUUUAGGAUUUUAGGGUUUGUUGACAUUGUAUCGUCAUGGCAACGAAGUUAUAAAAUUGGCUAUAACUUUUCACAGAAAAGGUUAGUAAGUGAUUUUAGCACACUAAAAUCAUGUUAACACGCAUAUUGUUUGUCUUGUGGCUAUACUUUUGAAAAAUGAAUAUUUUAAUGUUAAAACAAAUUGGCUCUAUUCCGUUGUCACCUCGAUUUUUUUCUUCUUUUUAUUUAUUUUUUUUAAGAAAAGGAGAGUCAAGUCAAAGUUAAUGUUUGUGGUAAUCAACAUUAUGCCACAAAUGCUGUCGACUGAGCUUAACUUGUAUUGAACCCGGAACAUUCCUUUAAGGAAUACUUAGAACUUUCAGAGCGUUGCGUACUCUCUUAUUAAAUCAAGGUGAUAAGAGUCAUAACCAAUGAAGAAAAUAUUGCUUAUUUCAUGUUUGUCUGUUCUCCCGAUAUCAAAUCGUUCAAAACUAAAUCUUAAACCAAUCAUGGAACUAAAGACACACAUUUUUCUCCCCACUUCAGCUAAGACAUGGGAGUAGGACUCCCCCUGCUGUUAUGGUGCUGUAUUACAUUAGAACAAACAAAACUGACAAAGUCCUUCUCUUGCCCUAAACGUUUUACAUUUCAUGCCAUAUUUGUGUCAAAAUAAAGGGAACUUCUAGUGGUGUCAUACGCAAACUUAUAUUUAUAUACUAAUAUUUGUUACAUUUUGCACAAGAACACUAAAUGUAGCUGCAUUGUUUGUCUGUGCUUGUUCGGUUGCCUGUAUCUUCCAUACCUUGAUGUAGUUGUUCAUAGUAAUGUAAGCUGAGCUUAUUGCUGUGUAAAAAUGUGCAAAUGAGAGUGUGCUCUCUCUCUUUCGGAAAAUAAAUUUCUGAAACCUAUAAGAUUUGACCUGUUGUAUUGUAUUGGUCAAGGUUUUGCUGCAUGGAGCCUGUUUACACAAGUAACAUUUACACAACAUGCUUCUGUGACGAAGAUAUCCGUGUUGUGGUGCAGAGCUCCAUCCAUAACAUUUUGAACAACCAACAACUUGCAUCUCUACCCUGAUGUAUAUUUGCCAUGUUAAUACUGCAGUUAAUAAACUAUGCUUGGUUGUA